AACGUUGAAAUCAAAAUGUCUCGAUCUCUGGUACCAGCUCUUCUUGGUGACAGUUGGUGGUCCAUGUGGGAUUAUCCACGUCGUUUAUUCGAUCAACACUUCGGUUUGGGUCUUACAGAUGACGAUUUCUUCCCUCCGAGAUUGUAUCACGGUUAUCUCGUACGGCCCCGACGUCAGACGAGUCAUCAAGAUUCUACUUCCGGUGUAUCGGAGGUCGUCAACACCAAAGAUCAUUUCCGGGUCAUGACCGACGUCAGUCACUUCUCUCCGGAGGACAUAACUGUCAAAACUGUGGACAAUUGCAUAAUGAUACACGGCAAACACGAAGAGAAAGUGGAUCAACACGGAUUCGUGUCAAGAGAGUUUACACGAAGGUACGUCCUUCCUAAGGGGGUCGAUCCCGAGAAGGUGACCUCGUCGCUGAGUGCCGAUGGAGUGUUGACGGUGGAAGCACCCAAGAAGUGUGAAGAGUUACCUCCUAACGAAAGAGUUGUUCCUAUAACCAUGCAGAAGGCUCCUGCAGUCACCGAAAAGGUAGAGGAAGAUGCUUCCAAGAAAUAAUUUCUUUAAUCUUUUGAAGAAUAAUUUAAUGUUUAUUAUAUAAAAGAACUUAUAAUGUUGUAAAUUAUGUAAUUUUUCUAUAUUUGUUAACGUAAUAAAAGACUUUUAAUAACUGUAUACUGUUUUGUUUCUAUAAAUUGAAAAUCUUGUCACACGAAUUCCUUUGUUAUUAAUGCUAAGACAACAGGUAAAUGUGUAAAAAAAGCAUCCACGUGUAAGAAUGUGUUGAUGGAAUCUGUUUAAAAAACACUUAAUGAGGUUACUAUAAAUAAAAAGGAAAGGUUGUAUGUCUUCUAACAACAACAGUCUUUCGAGUGUUGGAAGUGUUCCAAAUCUAAACAUGUGAUUCAUGAAAGAAAUGUAAACAUAGACGAUAUUGCAUGACGUUAAACUGUAAAACUUAACAUUUUAUAGCCUACACGUUUAAAACUAA